AUGAAGUACGGAGAGCAUUUGAAGGCCAAUGUGGCACCCGAAUACGGUCCAGAACCCUACCUUGAUUAUGACAAACUAGAUGAGAUUAUCCGAGUCCUUUCGAAGCAGGUUCCUUCGUCCGCGGAUCAGACCAGCCGUCAAAUUUCGUUGACCACGCCUCCUCAAACCAACGCCCAAGGACUGGCUGCCGAUGUCAAGGGUGAAACAGAAGAAACCUUUUUGAAGGCCCUCGAUGGCGAAAUGGCCAAAGUGGAGAGUUUCACCCUCAAAAAGGUGACGGCACUACGCGACAAAAUUCGUGCUACCGAAGGCAAUAUCCGUGACUCCACCGACAUUGCCAAAUCCAAUGGAGAUCCCUUGGCCAAGGACAGCAGGGAACGGUUGCUGGAUCAGGCGGAAGAUAUUGCCGAAGAUUUCCUGCGAUUGGAAAAAUUCGUCAAUAUCAACUUUAUGGGAUUCCACAAAAUCCUCAAGAAACACGACAAGCAUUUACCCAACAACCCUUGCAAGAACUUUUACGUCAACCGGAUGCAUGCGCAGGCAUGGGUCCGUGGAGAUUAUUCCGAUUUAGUGGUCCGCCUAUCCCACAUUUACUCGAGUCUGCGACAAGAUGAUCUGGCCAAGGAACCAGGCGAUGAAGCCAAUCAAUCCUUCCUUCGAUCCACUACCAAGUACUGGGUCAAGACAGAAGAUGUCUCGCGAGUCAAGUAUGCCGUCUUGAAGCAUUUGCCUCUCUUUUUGCAAAAGACGUCCACGGGAGAAACGGAUUCGCAAUUCACCAACAGUGUCUACUUGGAUAACGAUUCUCUGGAACUGUACCAUGGACGGCUGGACAAGACUCCAGGGGCCAUUGCCUUGCGUCUUCGAUGGUAUGGAGUGGGUGAUCCCAAGUUGGUCUUUGUGGAACGAAAAACGCACAAUGAAAAAUGGACUGGUGAGGUUUCCGUCAAGGAGCGAUUCAUGAUUGACGAGAGUGAAGUCCACCAAGUGUUGACCAACACCUAUCCUAUUGAAGAAAAGCGCAAGGCAAUGCUGGCGAAAGGAAAGAGCCAAAAAGAGGCUGAUGAAUGGGAACAACUCGUCCGUGAGAUAACCCAAGUUUGUGUCAGCAAGCAGUUGGUGCCCACUUGCCGAACGCAGUGUAUGCGAACUGCCUUCCAGAUCCCCUUUGAUGCCACUGUCCGUGUCUCCCUCGAUACCAACUUGUGCAUGAUCUCAGAGCGUGGGUACGAUCUCCAUGACAUGAAGGUCUGGCAUCGCGAUCCCAGUUGGGUUCUGGAGCCAAAUGAGAUUACUCGAUUCCCUCACGCCGUCUUGGAGAUCAAACUGCAGCUGACGGGAGGCAAUAUGACUCCUCCACAGUGGGUCACAGAAUUGCAAAACAGUGGACUGCUGUACGAAUGCCACAAAUACUCCAAGUAUGUCCACGGUUGCUCCGUUUUGCUCCCUGACGAUGUCCGAUCUGUGCCCUACUGGGUCGAUGAUGUGUCUCUUCGUGAUUCCAUCAAUGCCAGUGGGGGAAGCCGCAUCUUGGCGGAUUCGGUUGCGGGUGUAGGUUCUGGUGCCAAUGAAGUAUACAGCCAUUUGUUGCCAUUUGGAGAUGUUUCCCACAACCGAAGUGCCACUGCGGUGGGACGAACUGCAGCUUCCAAGAUGGCCAGCAAGGGCUUGAUCGGCGACAAGGCCAUGAAGGGUGACGGGCCUGGACUCUUCAAUGAGCCCAUCAUGGAGGACGACUUUUUAGGAGAGGACGACGACUACUGCUGCUCCUGGAUGUUCCCCUUUUGUUCCCGAAGCAACAACUAUGCCAUGGCAAUUGUGGCUCCUACCUCCAUCCAAAAGAUCGAACCCAAGGUGUUCUUGGCCAAUGAGCGUACCUACUUGCAUUGGCUGCAUCAUGGUGUCAUUUUGAGUACCAUUGCUUCCGGCAUUCUGGCAUUUAGCGAGGACUCGGGAGAGACAUGGGGCGAAGUAUACGCCCUCAUCUUGUUGGUCGUCUCGUUGGGAUUCUGCGUCUAUGCCCUCCACGUCUAUUUGUGGCGUACAGCACAGAUUCGAAGCCGUAUCCCAGGACGCUGGGACGAUCCCAUCGGACCGAUGGCUCUUGGGGCCAUCUUGGCGGUUAUCCUUACGGUCAACUUUGGGACCAAGCUGUGGGAGAUUUCUCAGUUGCAAAAUUAG